AUGCCGUACUCGAAGCAGCUCAUCAAAGCUUCAGACAUCUUUUCUGAUUCACAAAAGGCGGUGAGCUGCAUGUCAACCUUCAGAACAGGCGCAAGUUCGCGUGCUUCUGGCACAAAUCACUUGCGCGUACGAUUGAAUGCUGAUUCAUCUCCGUCGUCUUUAUGCUGUGCCAGACGCUGUCCGCAGUCGCAGACGUCUUUGUGCCGCAUCUCGAGGGCGAGGAUGCAGCUCGGGUGAUUGCCUCGCUGCCCACUACCGCCUCUGACCGUCAAAGGGAGCUUGUCGCCGCAUUCGCCAAGGAUGGCUUCAUCGACCACCCUUACCUGGUAGACGCGUGGGCUCAUCAGGCUCGCACAUCCCUGUCCAUUACAACGCUGAACCAAAUCAGUCUGCUUCUCACGGUGCUGAGCACCCGCGCGGGUACAUUCGCUCUCACUGGAAGACUUACUGCCUUCCCCAACCUGCCGCGCAAGGACCGAGAAGCGAUCAUGUACGGAUGGCUCUCCUCUCCGAUCACGCUUAUUCAGAAAGCAGCCGCAGGCUUCAAGGGCCUGUCUCUCAUCACAUACUACCGUUUCCACCAGCCGGCGUGGGAGGCGACAGGGUACGCCGACAGUCAAGCAGACGACUGGCAGCCUCAUUCUGAGCAGACCAAGGAUCUCGACAAGCCUCGUUACGAGUACGAGUUUGAGAACGACAAGGUCGUCACUCAACCAGCUGGUACUGAUGUCAUCAUCGACACUGACGUGCUCAUCAUCGGUUCAGGUUCUGGCGGAGGGGUAGCUGCGCAGUACCUCGCUCAGAGAGGCCUGCGUGUGCUCGUCGUCGACAAGGGCGGCUACUUGAGGCAAAAGGAUGUCUUGGGUAGAGAGGAUCAAGGAUACGGAGAGAUGUACGAAGGAGAGGGUCUUUUGCCUGUGGAAGACGGCUCUCUCAACGUGCUUGCUGGAUCCACAUUUGGUGGGGGAACAACGGUGAACUGGUCUGCUUCCCUCAAGCCUCGCCACUACGCGCGAGAGCUGUGGGCAAAGAAGCACGGCGUGCCUUACUACCGCACACCUUACUUUGGCGAGGACCUCAACGCUGUCUGCAACCGUAUGGGCUGCUCUACCCACGCCAUCAAGCACAAUCUCGCGAAUUCGCUUCUCGCCCUUGGUGCACAGCGGUCUGGUCAACCAGUCGAGGCUGUACCUCAAAAUUCUGGUGGCCAUGUCCACUACUGCGGCAAGUGCCAGCUUGGCUGCGUAAGCGGUCACAAGCAGGGAGGCGUCGUGACUUGGUUACGCGAUGCCGCCGAGACUGGCAAUGCCGCCUUCAUGAUCAAGACCGAAGUGGAGCGUAUCCUCUUCGACCCCAAGGACAAGAGGACUGCGAUUGGCGCUUUGGCCACUUGCGAAGGCCGCAAGGUGACUAUCAAGGCCAACAAGCACGUCAUUGUCUCGGGAGGCAGCAUCUCAACUCCCGCUGUGCUUUUGCGAAGCCCCGAGCUCAAAUUCAACAAACAGAUCGGUAAAAACUUGCAUCUUCACCCCACUACUGUGGUUACUGGCUGGUACGACUUCCCUAUAAAGCCUUGGGAGGGCUCGCUACUCACCAUGGUCUCCAACGCCGCCGAGCUUGUGGAUGCCGAAGGCUGGGGCUGCAAAAUCGAAGUCAUCGCGUCGAGCCCAUCGAUUCAAGCAGCCUUCUCUACCUUCCAAAGUCCCGAAGCGCACAAGACGGCUAUGCUGAAUUACGCCCACAGUUUCAACCUCAUCAUCAUCACCCGCGACCGAGACCCUGGCAACGUGUUUGUCGAUUCAGAGGGCAAAGCCCGCAUGAACUACACCAUCUCCAAGCACGACCAAGCCAGCAUGGUUCAGGGUAUCUUGCGCGCGUGCGACAUCCACAUGAUGGCUGGUGCCAAGUCGAUUGCCACCGUGCAGCACGGCGUGCCCAUCUUUGAGCCUGGCGUUUACCAACAUGGCAAGCCAGCUGUUGAGAGCAUUCUGCCCGAGACGACCACCAUUCCCUCCACUGCGACGCCCACAUCCGCGCUGCCUCGCAACCUCAGCGACGAGCACUACGUUGCGUGGAGGCAAAAGGUCGAAAAGGCCGGCGCGAGGCCCCACUGGACGACCAUCGGUUCUGCUCACCAAAUGGGCUCUUGCGCCAUGGGCGGCACCCCCGCCACUUCGGCCUGCGACCCAGAAGGACGCGUUUGGGGCACAAAGAAUCUCUCUGUCGCGGACUCUGCUGCGCUGCCCUCGGCUACUGGUGUCAACCCAAUGAUCUCUACCAUGGCCACCGCCAGAUAUGUUGCUAGAAACGUCGCCAAAGACCUCGGUGUGGAAAGACCCGAGGGAACCGUUGGACCUGCGCUCAAAGAGAGUCGACUUUGA